UUCACACAAUAAUCAUAAUCCCUCACAAACUCAGUUUUUGAGUGUUUCAUUAAGAUUCCUUGUUCCUUCAAUUUUUGAUCCAAGAAAAUGGCAGAGGCAUUAACAGAAGCUCAGAUUUCUGAGUUCCAGGAAGCCUUUUGUCUAAUUGACAAGGAUUCAGAUGGCCUAAUUUCCUUGGAAGAACUAGCGUCAGUGAUCCAAUCACUGGACGAGCAUCCCACAAAAGAAGAAAUCCAAGACAUGAUCAAUGAGGUUGGUGCUGAGGGAAAUGGAACAAUAGAUUGUGAAGAGUUCUUGAAUAUUAUGGCAAGAAAGAUGAAGGAAAAUGUUGCCGAGGAGCUGAAAGAAGCCUUCAAAGUAUUUGACAGAGACCAAGAUGGCUAUAUUUCAGCCUAUGAGUUGAGGCAAGUUAUGAUAAACUUGGGAGAAAGAUUGAGUGAUGAGGAGGCUGAGCAAAUGAUCAGAGAGGCUGAUGUAGAUGGUGAUGGUCUUGUUAGCUAUGAAGAAUUUGCAAGGAUGAUGAUGCUCAGUUGAUCUUUUUACUGGAGUCAUAGAAAUAGAAAUUUUGGUCAAAUUUAAUCAUGUGUUUAAAUUAAACCCAUCAUUUAGGAAACCAUUAACGCACAUUCUGCAAUUAUGUUUGUAAUAUAUAGAAAGUGCUCCUUUAGUUUCAUUCUUCACAACAUAAUGAAGCAAAUUCUCAUAUUUGCA